AUGGCUUUCAAAUUCAACUUUACGAGUGACGAUCUGGAUCUGGAGGAGAUCGAUCAAGGCAACGAGCUCAACUCGACUCUCAACGAUCUAUCACUUGAAGAGCAACAAGCUGUUGACAAGACGCCUUGCUAUGAAUAUGAUAUCACAACUUGUACCUUGCCAUCCGCCAUCCAAGCCGACAUUCUUCAUAUACCCAACGUGAAUCAACCUCUCUAUAAGCGUGCUCUCGGUGAUGUCAAAUACCAGAUGGCUAUGCAAGAUACUUUGGGCAACGAGGAUGCUGAAGAGAAAAAGAUUGUCAACAUGUUGGACUUGAACAGCAAUAGUGAUCUAGUGCGUGGUGUCUAUGAAGGUGGAUUCAAGACCUGGGAAUGCUCUCUCGAUCUUACUGAAUAUUUGGCAAAAUUGCCCAAGGAGCAAAUCAGCAACAAGCGUGUGUUGGAGCUUGGAUGUGGAUCUGCAUUACCAUCACUCUUUCUCUUGCAGCAUGAUUCUACCAAUCACGUGGAUGUCUUGGAUUACAAUGAACAAGUCAUUCAGUAUAUCACGUUGCCCAAUAUUCUCUUGAAUACCGUCUUACAAGUACACGCUUCUACGGAUGAACAACCAGAAGAUGAAGAAGAGACAUCAACUGAGAAAGAAAAGGCUCCUGAAAGUGAAAAGGAAAACGAAGAUGAAGACGAAGAGAAUGACGAGGACGAUGAAAAGGAUGGCAUCAUUGGUGAAAAUGUCACGUGUGAUGCUGAAGCCGAGUUACCUACCGAGCACGUACCUGACAUGCUGCAACGUAUAGGUCAACGCACACGUGCCUUUGUUGGUGAUUGGAGUGGCUUACCGACCAUUGCUAGCUGCAAAUACGACAUGAUUGUUACUUCGGAAACCAUUUAUUCUCAAGACGCCUUGCUUUCCCUUGUACAAACCAUCCAAAAGACUUUGAAGAAGCCUGAUGGUGUUUGCUAUGUGGCUGCAAAGACUGUUUACUUUGGUGUAGGUGGUGGUGUGCUGCCAUUCUGCAACUUGUUACAGGAAACCAAGGAUGAGGAUGGCGACAAAUUGGUAGCAGAGCGCGUGUUUGAAAGUGACAGCACAGUUAAACGUGAAGUUCUCAAGGUCACUUGGUUAUAA